AUGGCCGACAAUCUCCGCGAAGGUUUCGAACACGAAAAGACUGUGGAGAAAGAUUUAGAAGAAGAGGAUGCAGUUUGUCGAGAUCCCACGCGUUACGUGUUUGACAUCAUUAGCAUCAUUGGCUCGGGGUCUUACGGCACGGUGCUUCUGUGUCGUUUGCGUGCGUGUCCUAGACGUCUCUUCGCGGUGAAGGUGGUCUACAAGUCCAAGCUAGACAGCAUCAAUGGUAUAGAUGGCGACGGGAACACUAUGCGUGAGGCCAAACGCCUACUAACGGAGAAGAGGAAACUCGUGAAAAACCGCCUUCCUGAGGAUCAUGUUUUGUUCUAUGCAACAUCCAUUGUGCUGGCCUUGCGCUCUCUUCACGAGCGUGGCAUUCUGUAUGGAGACCUCAAACCCGAGAAUAUUCUGCUGGACGAAGCAGAAUUCGUGCGUCUUGCUGAUUUCGGCUUUGCGCGCGAGCAGAUGCACCGAUCAGACCAGUGCUGCACCAGCUUCUGCGGGUUAGCAAAUUACAACGCUCCCGAGGUGGUGCGUGGUACUGGUUACUGGAUACCCUCCAUCUACUUUCGGCGUGAUCGUGCCUUGCUCGUCCGUAAGAUCAACGAGGAGGAGCCAAGCUUUCCACAUCGUUUCUCACCCGAACUCUGCAACCUUCUGUCUGGUUGGCUUCACAAGAAUGUAAACCAGCGUUUAGGUAGUGGCCCCAACGGAAUGCAGGACAUCUUGGACCACCCGUUUUUCACAAAUAUAAACUGGCACCGUCUUGAGACGAAACGGGUGACUCCACCGAUCGUCCCGAAGUUGGCUAGUAAACUGGACACGUCCAACUUUGAGUGUCAAUUCACUUCGCAGCAAGUCGUGGGCCACCUUGUAGAUGAAGAGCGAUGGCCCGCGAGCAUUGCGUCUGACGAGGAAGACAACCAGUUCUACUCCGAAGACUUUGACUGUGUGCUGACGCGUCUCACCUCCUAUAGACUAGCAAAAGGAUGA